GUUAGCCUGAAGACGGUCACACUGGCUGUUCAGUUUGACCGUUUGCCACGGGAUUUCGACAGCGGCGAGAGACGGUCACUUCGCAAAACGAAAAUCGAAAAAAAACCGACGAAUCGAAAAUCGGAGAUCGCGGAUUCGAUUCACUUGAUUCAGAACCAAACCGAAUCCGAGUCCUCUGCGAUGCGCGCGCCAAUACGCUGAACAGUCGCCCAGUGAAGUUUGCAAUUAAUUUGCAAAUCAAUUUCGCUCCGCCGCCGUCGCGCACAUACACACAUACACAACACACAAACACCCGCACCGCGCACACAUGCACACACACACACCGCGACACGCAUAGUGACAAAAAAAAAAUAAAAAGUGGCAAUAAAACAAAAAGAAAAGAAAAUAAAACGCCGUGCCCGUGGGAAAAUCGAUUUUCCUUUAAACAAAUCGCUGCUACUUUUGGGCUUUUCCAAGCGCCUUUGCUGCAAUUACUUGUUUUUUUUUUUGCUGUGCACAGUACGCCGAGAGAGCGGCGUGAACCGGUGCAGAGAGAGCGAGAGAGUGAGAAGGAAAGGAAGAGGAAGAGGGGGCGAGGUGUUUCAUUGGCAGAAAAUUAGCAAGGCAACAAAAACGUUUAUAAAUAUAUAUAUACAUAUAUUCCAAUAUAAAUAUCGCAAAUAUUAAUGACGAGCCAACAGCGCCAGCAGCAACUGCAACAACAGAAACCCAGCAACCAGAGGUUCUAAUACGAAAAUAACCCAAACAAAUCGCCGCGGCAGCAACAACAAAGAGAGUGCAAAAGAGAGGCGCCAAAUAAAAAAAAAGGGAAUAAAAAGUGUAUCAUUUUGCGGCACACCCAAGAACGCGGAAAACUCCCGCCACCCUUGCCACGCCCCUCGCCACCCUGCCGCACCAAUAGCCAAUACCAAUAACAGCCAUAACAAUAACAACAACAGGCUGCAGGCGCAGAGAAUCGAAGAAACGCGGAGGAAAAGGCAGAAAAGAAACCCAAACAUUCGGACACUCGCUCUUCUUCUUAUUCUACCCAAUCCGUUUUGGCAUGGAAAACAUGAAAUGUCUGACCAGGAAACAGAGCUGAGAGUCUCAAAUGCAAGCAAGCCCACGCCAGCGGCAGCAUCCAAGUCCAAGUUCACCAACAGCUGAAGAGGAAGCGGCGGUUACGAGUUAGCGGAUACGAGACGCGCACAGCCGGCAGCUGAUAGAGGAUACGGAGCACCACUUAUUGACUUGGGGGGUGCCUGGACCAACUUCCGUUCCGCUCGGCACGAAUCGCUGAGCUUCAGGCACAAACAACUUACAACACAUCUUUAGUCAUUUUAAUGCGGCGAGUCGCUGAUUCAUGCACAUUCAUUUGAGUCAGGAUCGAACAAACAAGGCAGAGAUAAGGAUUACGAAUCACGGAAUUGUCAGAGCACAAGUCUACUUAAGGCUGGAGGACGAUAGCCACUUAAGAUACUUUACAACACACAAUAACUAAAACAAAAAAAAAGAAAAAGAAAAAGAAAAAAAAAGACACAAUCCGCAACCCGCAAAUCAAGAUGAACUCCACCACAAAGCAUCUGCUGCACUGCACACUGCUCAUCACUGUGAUAGUUACCUUCGAAGUAUUCUCCGGCGGUAUUAAGAUUGACGAGAACUCGUUCACGCUCGUGGAUCCAUGGACUGAAUACGGCCAAUUGGCCACGGUUCUGCUGUACUUACUGCGCUUUCUUACGCUGCUCACGCUGCCCCAGGUGCUGUUCAACUUUUGCGGCCUGGUAUUUUACAAUGCCUUCCCCGAGAAGGUUGUCCUCAAGGGCAGUCCCCUGCUGGCGCCCUUCAUCUGCAUCCGCGUGGUCACGCGCGGCGACUUCCCGGACCUGGUGAAGACGAAUGUGCUGCGCAAUAUGAACACCUGCCUGGACACCGGACUGGAGAACUUCCUCAUCGAGGUGGUCACGGAUAAGGCGGUGAAUCUAUCGCAGCAUCGUCGCAUCCGGGAGAUUGUGGUGCCCAAGGAGUACAAGACGAGAACCGGUGCGCUCUUCAAGUCCCGGGCACUGCAGUAUUGCCUGGAGGACAAUGUCAAUGUGCUGAACGACAGCGAUUGGAUCGUCCAUCUGGAUGAGGAGACGCUGCUAACGGAGAAUUCAGUGCGUGGCAUCAUUAACUUUGUGCUGGAUGGCAAGCAUCCGUUCGGCCAGGGCCUGAUCACGUAUGCCAACGAGAACGUGGUCAAUUGGCUGACCACCUUGGCGGACAGCUUUCGGGUCUCCGAUGACAUGGGCAAGCUGCGUCUGCAGUUCAAGCUCUUCCACAAGCCGCUGUUCAGCUGGAAGGGCAGCUAUGUGGUCACCCAGGUGAGUGCGGAGCGUUCAGUGUCCUUUGACAACGGAAUCGAUGGCUCGGUGGCCGAGGAUUGCUUCUUUGCGAUGCGUGCCUUCAGCCAGGGAUACACGUUCAACUUCAUCGAGGGCGAGAUGUACGAGAAGUCGCCGUUCACGCUGCUGGACUUCUUGCAGCAGAGGAAACGUUGGCUGCAGGGCAUCCUGCUGGUGGUGCACUCCAAGAUGAUCCCGUUCAAGCACAAGCUGCUGCUGGGCAUCAGUGUCUAUUCGUGGGUCACCAUGCCACUGUCCACGUCGAACAUCAUCUUUGCGGCACUGUAUCCCAUACCCUGCCCAAAUCUCGUCGAUUUCGUGUGCGCCUUCAUCGCGGCCAUUAAUAUCUAUAUGUACGUCUUUGGCGUAAUCAAGUCCUUUUCGCUAUACCGCUUCGGAUUGCUGAGAUUCCUGGCCUGUGUGCUGGGAGCGGUGUGCACGAUACCCGUGAAUGUGGUCAUCGAGAAUGUGGCCGUCAUUUGGGGCCUGGUUGGCAAGAAGCACAAGUUCUAUGUGGUGCAGAAGGAUGUGCGCGUACUGGAGACUGUCUAGGAUAUUAUGGAACUGGAGGAGUUGGGAGGAGGAGUCAUCAAGUGCAGCCAUGGUCAUCAUAUCGCCCCCCUCCCAAAAAAUGAAAACCAAAAAACCAAAUUAAGCAAGGCAAAAACAAACGAAAUUUCGCACAAUUUGGCCAGGCUCAUUGCGUUGUCCUGGCACUAUCUGAUUGAUUUACUUUAUUUGUACAUUUUCCUUUAAGCAUAAGUCACUCAACCACAAGACACAGCCACAUACAACACCUGCACAAGACACACACGCAUAUAAUUGUUGUUUCGUUCUAAUGUCAUGGUCAUUCACAAUUUUGCCAAAAAGAAACGAAAUCAGAUCAUCAUAGAAAUCGGCUCAGCACAAGAGAAUACAUGGGUAUCAAAUGACCCAAAGACAACAAUUGGGGCAAUAGGAAUGCAGUAGAGCACACACGAAAACUCUCCAUUAAGUGUAAUUUCAUUAUAUAUAUAUAUAUGGUUUUUUUUGUAUAGUCUGUAGUGAAGAGUGCGCUAUAUUUAUAUAAACAUAAAUAUUGUAUGUACAUUGUAGAUUUAUUAUUACAAAUACGAUAAUUUAAAAAUGUGUACAUUGAAGUAUUGUAAAUUGAUUAUCUGUUAAAUAUCAUUCACACCGAAAACCAAGGUUAAAAAAGCAAAGUAAACUUGAAUGUUUAGACUUA